AUGUUGUUAUCCUUGCAACUGGCACACCAACUUGCAAACCAAAAUGUACUUCUGGUCGGCGCGGGCGAAGUAGCCAUGACCAGAAUUCCUAAGCUUCUACCAACAGGAUGUAAAUUGACUGUAAUAGCGCCUGUAAUCCACGAUGAUAUGUGGGAAUUCCUCGAUGUCGACAAAGACACAGAUAGCGAACGAUUUGUAGACCCCAAUUGGACGCCUGAAAAACACAAGAUCUACCAGAUCAUUUGUCGCGGGUUUGAAACCCGGGAUCUUGUGCUUUUCGGACAACAACCUGAUCGUCGAGACGAAAUUGACAGAUUUCUAAGAGGCGAUGAGGACGACAAAAUCUUGGAUCAGGUUUUUGGAGGAAACCAGCCAACUGGGACCAAUUGGCACUUCAUAAUGACAUGCAUUCCAGAUCUCAAACUGAGUGAGAAGAUCUACCGCGGUGCGAAACUUGUACUUGGUCCCAACGUGCUGUGCAACGUUGCAGACAAUCCGCCAUUGUGCGAUUUUUAUUUCGGCAGCAAUGUGACAUUGGGCGCCAAGAAUGACGACGACGACGACGAUGCAAGUGGAAACAACAAACCGAUUCAGAUUUUGAUAUCGUCAAACGGGAAUUCCCCGCGGUUCACAGCUUUACUGAAGCAGGAAAUUCAAAACCAGUUUGGGAAUCUACCGAUUGGCAAGAGUGUUGGGAAAUUGGGAUCCCUGCGAUCCCAAAUACGUAAAGUUUCUGAACAAAAUCGAGAUUUGUCACUGAGCCAGACGGAUCUGGUGAAAUAUCGAAUGACCUGGAUUCGCAAUUGUACAGAUACGUUUGGUGUUUCUCAUUGUCAUGAGAUAGAUGUUGACAAGACGGUGGAUUUGUUUUCUAAGAUGUUUGCUACGAUGAGUUUGGAGCAGCCUGAUCGACAAGAGAUGUUAGAAGAAUAUGUGGAACGUGGGAGUCCUUGA